AUGGAUGCCGCCGGCAAGGUUCCUAUCAAGUACGCUAAGGUGACCAGCGUCCUCGGUCGCACUGGCUCCCGCGGAGGUGUCACCCAGGUCCGCGUCGAAUUCAUGGACGACUCCCACCGAAGCAUUAUCCGCAACGUCAAGGGCCCAGGUAUGUGA